AUGGUGGACAACGUGGGCCUCAAAGUGGAGAUCGACAUAGGUUCUUCCAAGUUCACGCUGCUCAACACAGUGUCAUCCAAAGCAAGCUUGCCACCAGGUGAGUUUGUGGACGCGAUAGUUGAGCAUGGCCUUUCGGAUGCUGGCACAUACGCACUGACGUGCUUUGUGUCCUACACCUGCAACGGCGAGGGGCAAUUCAAGCGUUCCUACCGCUUCCCGGCUCUGGCACCAUUUGCAGUAUCUCACCGCGUCGUGCAGCUUGAUCGACAGCUGCUGGUCGAAUGUCUAAUUGAGAACUCCUUAGACGGCCGCAUUUAUUUGUCGUCAUGGCAUUUGGAUUGCGCAGAGGGCUUCCAGAGCGAGCUGGUUACGGACAUUGCCAGUGACCCUGUGUCAGGCAAUUCGGGCCCGCUGCUGAAGCAAAGGGGUUGUUUCUCCCUGGUCUUUCGAGUGACUCCAAAAGAUGAGUCUGCGGAUUCCGCCACGCUGCGGCAGCGGGAGGUCAUCGGCAACCUCUCGCUGGCCUGGCAGGUGCCAGACGGCCCUCGGGGCUGUAUGGACGGCCACCAGAUCCGCGUCAGGGCUCUGCAGGUGCCAAACUUGGAUCUACAAGUCGUGGAGUGCCCAAAGAGCGUGACCGUGGAGGUGCCUUUCGAGCUGGAGCUUGAGGUCACGAACCGCACCAAAGAGUCGCUGCAACCAAAGAUGAGCUUCGACCUGCGGCUCAUGGGCGCGGUGAAGCUGCAGGGCCCCUGCCAGCGGCUGCUGAAGCUGGAGCCGGGCCAAAGAUGCCGUCUGCCCAUUGAGCUGGUCGUCACGGUGCCGGGACUGCAUGGCCUUCAGGGCCUGUCCCUGGCAGACCCUUCGGUCCCUCGGGUGGACUUUGGGGUGCUUUGUGACAUCCUGGCUUUCUAG